AUGAAACAGACAACAGGAAUCUGUGCUGGUUCUGAGCGACGGAGGCUUCUCCCUCGCCACGCAAAGGGCGUCUGGUCGCGCUCAUCAGUCACCCGCUGCCGUGCUUUCCCUGAUGCCGAGGACGUCGCCAAGGCAGUUAGCAGCCUUCCCCUGCCUCCCCGCGUGUCGGAGCUGCUAACGGACUCGGAUGCUUGGUCCGGCCUAGAGCCCCACUUCGGCUCCCGCGCCCUAGCAGGGGCCGUGAGCUCCCUCGCCGCACGGGCGCCCCACGUCUCCUUGCCCUCCCCACCUUCCCUGGAGCUGUCCACCGCAGUCAACAACGCCCUUAAGCCGUUCCGCGGUGCCGCUGCGGGCCUGUCUGCUACCGCUCAGUACAACUUGAGGCUCGACCUCCUUCCAUCCUCACCUGAAAUCGCCGCGGCUUCUACCACCGGCGGCGACAGCGGCGGCUAUGCCAUCAGUGGCCUGGAGGCCCUGAGCCACACCUUCUCACAGGGCUUCGAAGCCGCGUCCGCUGCCGCCGGCGUGGGCGCUUCCCAGGCCACCGCAGCCCUUGCGGCCAGUGGCGAUUUGGGUCGGGGGCUGGCGGCCGCAGCGGAGGCACUGGCGGCCGUCGCAGCUACAGCCACCGCAGCCGCGGGCAGUGGAGGGUCAGAGCUGCAGCCGCAUUUCGGCACUGCGACGGUGGUGCGCGGUGUGGAGGCCCUGGCUAGCUGGGUGGGCAGUCGCUUUGACGGUCUUGAGCUGCUGGAUCCCAUCACGGCGGCGUCGCUGACGUCAGCGCUGUCGGAGCUUCGCGGGGUGGCGGGGGUGAUGACGUUGCCGCCGGCGUUGGGAGCCGCCGGAUCGUCCACCCUCCAGCAGCUGGGCGCCACCGCCAGCGCCCUGGCUGCAGGACUAGGUAGCUUGCUGGACCGAGGGGGAGAGGCGGCGCUGGCGGCGGCCGCGGCUCCUGACGCCCUGCUGGGGUCUCUGACCACCAUCUACCAGCAGGCCCAGGAGGGCGGUGUGGGCGGUCACUCUCUGCCCACUGUGGCCCUGGCUGCGACCAUGACCUUGCUGGCGGUGGCGGCAUCCACACCGGAUGAGACUUAUACAGGUCCCGAGUACCCGUACGAGGCUGCCGCUGGCGGCGGUGGCAGCGAUGAGCUGACACACGAGUACGACCCAGAGGCGGUGGCGGCGUACUUCUCCCGUCGGCCGCUGGCGGUUGCCGCGUCCUUUGGUGCCGCCCUGCUGGUGGACCUGUGGACCGGGCGGCUGGAGGUCAACGAGCGGCGGCGGGCGGAGCAGCUGCGGGGGGUGGUGGAGCGGCUGGGGCCGGCGUCGCCGCCUUCAAGAACGCCUUUUGGUCAGUUCUAUCUCUGUUAUGUCAAGGUGGCUCAGGCCCUGUCCACCCGCGUGGACCUGCUCACCCCCGCGUACUUCGAGCAGGUGCAGAUGCUGCAGGACAGGGUGCCGCCGUUCCCAUGCGAGGUGGCGCGGAAGGAGAUGGAGAAGGCCUUCGGUGGUCGCCCCGUGGAGGCCGUGUUCUCCCAGCUGAGUGAGCGGCCCGUGGCAGCUGCCUCCCUGGGCCAGGUGUACCGGGGGACGCUGAGGCCCGAGCUGGGAGGCGGGGACGUGGCGGUCAAGGUGCAGCGACCAGGGGUGCUGGAGCAGGUGGCUCUAGAUCUGCUCAUCAUGCGGAGACUUGCCAUACAGAUGAAGGAAAAGCUCCAGAUGAACACCGACUGGGCGGGUGUGAUUGACGCCUGGGCGGUCCGUUUCUUCCACGAACUGGACUACCGGCGGGAGGCCGCCAACGCUGCGCUGUUCCGGCAGCAGAUGGCGGCAGCCGGCGUGGAGGGGGUCGUGGUGGCGGCGGUGCGCAGCGACCUGUCCACCGACUACGUGCUCACGACGGACUGGGUGGAGGGUGAAAAGCUGAGUGAGAGCAACGCCGCCGACGUCCGGGAGCUGUGCAACACGCUGUUGAACGCCUACCUGAUUCAGCUGCUGGACACGGGCUUCCUGCACGCCGACCCGCACCCGGGGAACCUCAUUCGCACGCCGGAGGGCAGGAUUUGCGUGUUGGACUUUGGUUUGAUGACUGAGGUGACCCCGGAGCAGCGGCUGGCCCUGGUGGAGUACAUUGCGCACCUGUCCACGCAGGACUGGGAGAAGCUGGCCGUGGACCUCCAGACUCUGGGUUUCAUCCCCCCCUCGGUGGACCCCCGGGAGGCGGGGCUUGUGGAGCCGCUAGGCCGGGUGAUGAGCCAGCUGGUGGGGGGAGGCGGCGCGGCCAAGGUCAACAUUGACAAGGUCACGGGGGACCUGGAGGAGCUCGGAAAUCAGUACCCAAUACAGGUGCCGCCCUUCUUUGCUCUCAUCCUUCGGGCAUUCAGCGUUAUCGAGGGUAUCGCCCUCCGAGUGGAUCCCAACUACGCCAUCGUGGCCGAGUGCUUCCCCUACUUGGCCCGCCGCCUGCUCAACGACGACUCCCCGCGCAUGCGUGCCGUACUCCGCGACAUACUGUACGGCGGCAAGCAGCACAUGGAUGUGGAACGUCUCAUCCGGGUCGCGGACGGCCUCUCCGCCUUCACCACGGACGGAUUGGCCGUGACGGCCGGGCCGGCGGCGGCGGCGGCCGCUGCUGGCAGCGGUGUUGGCGGCGGCGGCACGGCGACGGCGACGGCUGCUGCCGGCGGUGUAGCCCCGCGGCCUGCAACGGCGAUGGCGGUCGCGACUACGGCAGAUGAGGUGGUCCUGAGCCCAGUUGUGGUUGAGACUCUUCGCUCCGUACUGCGACCUGGAUCGUAUAUCAGCGAGCUGCUGGUGGAGGAACUGGUCGCUGCCGUGGACGCGCUAUCUCGCGAGUCCCUCUCCCGGCUGGUGCGCGGGGUGCUGCUGUCCGCCCCCGCGGCCAUGUCGCUGCGGGGCGUGGAGGCGCUGGGGCCCCUGCGCUCCGUGCUGCUGCCACUGCCCACGCCCGUGGAGGUGCUGGCCAGGAUGGCCCCAGCAGUGGCCGUGACCCCCGAAGACCAGGAGGCGCUCGGCGUUGUGCGAGCCAUCCUGAUGCUCUCACAGCGUCUGGCACAGAGCGAGGCGGCGGCAGAACGAGCUCAGGCUCAGGCGGCGGCAGCAGCAGCCUCACGGAUACCGCCGACGCAGCAGCAGCUGCAGCUGCAAUCCUUGCCGCAACAGCAACAGCAGCAGCAGGCACUGCUGGCGCAGGUUCGGGCGCGGCGAGCUGCCCGACUGGCCAACGAGCUGAGUGCACUGCUGCCCGACUUGGCACCUGGACUGGCUUACAGCUCAGACCUUUUCGUGAGGGCGCUGGUACGGCGGGUUUCGGCGCGUGUGACGGAUGCGGCGUGGCUGGCUACCGGCCGGCGUGCCGGCGUGCAGGACGCGGCGGCGACGGUGCCGGCGCCGGCGGCGCUGCCGCAGCCCGCCAUUGCGAUGCGGAUGAUGGCCGUCCCGGGUAGCGAUGUUGGGGAUCGUGUGCAGGGGCAGGCGGGGGCUGCACGCCGGCGGUGA